CUUAUGACCCAUACCAAAAAAAAAUUUUUAUAUAAUUUUUCAAAACCCUAGCUAUUUAUUAAGCUUAAACACUAUAGAUACACCACACAAAUCAAGAUGGGUAAAUCAGGUAAAGGUAAAGGGGGUAAGAAUAGAAGAAGAGGAAAGAAUGACAAUUCUGGACAAAAGAGAGAAUUGAUCUUAAAGGAAGAAGGUCAAGAAUAUGGACAAAUUACUAAGAUGUUAGGUAAUGGAAGAAUUGAAGUUAGUUGUUUUGAUAGUGUAAAAAGAAUGGGACAUAUUAGAGGUAAAUUAAGAAAGAAAGUUUGGAUGGGUCAAGGGGAUAUUAUUUUAGUAUCUUUAAGAGAUUUCCAAGAUGAUCAAUGUGAUGUAGUUCAUAAAUAUAAUUCUGAUGAAGCUAGAACUUUAAAGAGUGUUGGUGAAUUACCUGAAAAUGCUAAAAUUAAUGAAACUGAUACUUUUGGAGGUGAUGAAGAAGAUGAUGUUAACUUUGAAUUCGGUGCUGAAGAUGAUGAAGAUGAAGAAGAUGAUUCUGAUUUAGAUAUUGAUGAUAUCUAAGUAGUUGAAAAAUAUUCUUAUUCUCAUUCAAAUACGAAUUCAUAUUCAUAUUCAAAUUCAUCAAUAAUCAUAAUUGUUAGAAACAGUAUUUUGCAUAUCCAUCGACUCUAAUUCAUAUGAGUCUUAGGUAAAUUGGCCACAUUCAUCUGUAUUUUUAGUUUCAUAUUAUUCAUAUUCUUCUACUAUAUUUGGUAGUUAUAAAUCGAUAGAAUAAUGAUAAUAAUCCUUCUGUUUAGUAAUAUAUAUAUAUUUAAUAUAUUUAUUUAAAUUUAAUAUAUAAUAUAUAAAAUAUAAAAUAUUUAAA